CAGCAGCAGCAAUGACGUCUACUGCUGGGGAUACAACAACCAUAGCUUCCCCCAAAACAAGCACAGCUGCUGCUACGACAAAUACCGCUAGGCCAACAACAACCACAGCCAUCCCAACAACAACAGUUGCUCCCACUACAACCACAGCAACGCCAAUGACAUCUACAGCUGCAGCUACGACAAGUACAGCUGUGGCUACAACAACCACAGCUGAGCCCACAACAACCACAGAUGAUACAACCACAAUCCAAGCUGCUGCUACAACAACAGCUGCGGAAACCACAGCCAAAACCCUGCCCACAACAACCACAGCUGCUCCCACAACAAACAUAGCUUCUCCCGCAACAAUUACCACCAAAGUAACAACAAUAACAUCUACAGCUGCAGCUUCAACAAGUAUAGCUGUGGCUACAACUACAACAGAUGCACCUACAACAACCACAUCUUCUCCGACAACAACUACAGUAGCUCCAACUACCUCAAAAGCUUCCCCUACAACAACCACGGCUGAUCCCACAACAACCACAGCUGCUGCUAUGACAACAACUUCUGCGGCUACAACAACAGCCGUCCCUACAACAACCACAGCUUCUCCCACAACAACCAUAGCUGGUGCUGCUACAACAACUACAGCUGUGGCUACAACAACAGCUGCUCCAACAAAAACCACUGCAGCACAAACAACGACUAAAGAUGCUCCUACAACAACCCCAGAUACACCCACAACAACAACAUCUUCUCCGACAACAACCACAGCAGAUCCAACGACCACAACAGCAUCCUCUACAACAACUACAACUGCUCCUACAAAAACCACAGCUGUUUCCACAACAACCACAGCUACUGCUACGACAACAAAAGCUGCGGAUACAACAACCAAAGUCAUCCCCACAACAACCACAGCUGCUCCCACAACAACCACAGAUGCACCCACAACAACCACAUUUUCUCUGAAAACAACUACAGCAGCUCCCACAACCACAACAGCUUCCACUACAACAACCACAGUUGCUUCCACAACAACAACAGCUGCUCCCACAAUAAACACAUCUGCACCAACUACAACCAGAGCAACACCAAUAACAUAUACAGCUGCGGCUUUAACAAGUACAGCUGUGGCUACAACAACCACAGCUACACCCACAACAACCACAGCUUCUUCCAUAACAACCACAGCGGCUCCCACAACAACAUCAGCCACUCCCACAACAACCACAGAUGCUCCCACAACAACAACAACACCUUCUCCCACAACAAUCACAGCUACUCCCACAUCAACAACAACAGCUGCUGCUACAACAACAAAAACUGUGGUAACAACAACCGUACCUCUGCCCACAGCAACCACAGCUGCUGCAACAACAAUCACAGAUUCACCCACAACAACCACAUCUGCUCCCAAAACUACAGCAGCUUCUACAACCACAACAACUUCCAUGACAACAACCACAGCUGGUCCAACAGCAACCACAGCAGCAGCAAUGACGUCUACUGCUGGGGAUACAACAACCAUAGCUUCCCCCAAAACAAGCACAGCUGCUGCUACGACAAAUACCGCUAGGCCAACAACAACCACAGCCAUCCCAACAACAACAGUUGCUCCCACUACAACCACAGCAACGCCAAUGACAUCUACAGCUGCAGCUACGACAAGUACAGCUGUGGCUACAACAACCACAGCUGAGCCCACAACAACCACAGAUGAUACAACCACAAUCCAAGCUGCUGCUACAACAACAGCUGCGGAAACCACAGCCAAAACCCUGCCCACAACAACCACAGCUGCUCCCACAACAAACAUAGCUUCUCCCGCAACAAUUACCACCACAGUAACAACAAUAACAUCUACAGCUGCAGCUUCAACAAGUAUAGCUGUGGCUACAACUACAACAGAUGCACCUACAACAACCACAUCUUCUCCGACAACAACUACAGUAGCUCCAACUACCUCAAAAGCUUCCCCUACAACAACCACGGCUGAUCCCACAACAACCACAGCUGCUGCUAUGACAACAACUUCUGCGGCUACAACAACAGCCGUCCCUACAACAACCACAGCUUCUCCCACAACAACCAUAGCUGGUGCUGCUACGACAACUACAGCUGUGGCUACAACAACAUCUGCUCCAACAAAAACCACUGCAGCACAAACAACGACUAAAGAUGCUCCUACAACAACCCCAGAUACACCCACAACAACAACAUCUUCUCCGACAACAACCACAGCAGAUCCAACGACCACAACAACAUCCUCUACAACAACUACAACUGCUCCUACAACAACCACAGCUGUUUCCACAACAACCACAGCUACUGCUACGACAACAAAAGCUGCGGAUACAACAACCAAAGUCAUCCCCACAACAACCACAGCUGCUCCCACAACAACCACAGAUGCACCCACAACAACCACAUUUUCUCUGAAAACAACUACAGCAGCUCCCACAACCACAACAGCUUCCACUACAACAACCACAGUUGCUUCCACAACAACAACAGCUGCUCCCACAAUAAACACAUCUGCACCAACUACAACCAGAGCAACACCAAUAACAUAUACAGCUGCGGCUUUAACAAGUACAGCUGUGGCUACAACAACCACAGCUACACCCACAACAACCACAGCUUCUUCCAUAACAACCACAGCGGCUCCCACAACAACAUCAGCCACUCCCACAACAACCACAGAUGCUCCCACAACAACAACAACACCUUCUCCCACAACAAUCACAGCUACUCCCACAUCAACAACAACAGCUGCUGCUACAACAACAAAAACUGUGGUAACAACAACCGUACCUCUGCCCACAGCAACCACAGCUGCUGCAACAACAAUCACAGAUUCACCCACAACAACCACAUCUGCUCCCAAAACUACAGCAGCUUCUACAACCACAACAACUUCCAUGACAACAACCACAGCUGGUCCAACAGCAACCACAGCAGCAGCAAUGACGUCUACUGCUGGGGAU